AUGGAACGUUGGCUUAAAGGCGUUAAACGUGUUGCAACAAUAUCUUCUAACGAAGCCGAAUGUUCAAAAGCAGUACGCGCGGAGUGUACAGCAAUUAUCGAUGAUAAUUAUGCAACGACGUCAAGUUCCACGGUUUCAAAGGCGAAAAAAAGGAAGUAUGAUGAAUCAUAUAUCAGUUUCGGAUUUGUUGAUUCCAACGGCUCACCUCUCUGCAUGUUAUGUAGUAAACUGCUUUCUAAUAGUUCCAUGGCACCUGCCAAGUUCCGCCGACAUUUAGAAACUGUACACCCCGAGUCUAAAGACAAGAAUAGAGAAUUUUUUGUACAUAAAAAAGAACAGUUAUUGGAAAGUCAAAAAACGAUGAUGCAAGUAACCCAAACUAUCAAUGAAAAGGUCACAAAGGCAUCAUAUUUAGUUAACUAUCGCAUUGCACAAGAAGGUGAAGCGCACACUAUCUCUGAGAUUUUAAUAAAACCAUGUGUGUUAGACAUAACAAAAUGUAUGCUCGAUGAAUAA